CGCUUUAUCACACGCCAUUUUUACAACAACUCAAAAAAGAAAAAAAAGACGUGCAGAAAAUUCUAUUGACGCUUGUGAGCCGAAAGAAAAGCAGUGCUAGUUCGACAGUUUCUCUUUAAAUAAAAAGAAAAUAGUUGAUUUCAAUUAAUCAAGUAAUUGUUCUACACGUGCUAUAGUUAUGGAUCGUGGAAGCUAUGGUGGUGGUGGUGGCGGCGGCGGUGGCGCCGGACAGUACAAUAAUUUUGCUGUCCCACCGCCAAAUUACCAACAAAUGCCAAAUAAACCGGGCAACUAUAAUGAGCCUCCACCAAACUAUAGCAAACCUGGCGGCGGUGGUUAUGAUUCCGGACAUCGUGGCGGCGGCGGAGGAGGCGGCGGCUCUUGGAACGACAGAGGAGGCAACUCUUAUGGAAAUGGAGGCGCCAGCAAGGACAACUACAACAAAGGAUACGGCGGCAACAGCAGCGGGGGCGGCGGCGGAGGUGGUGGAGGCGGUGGCAACGAUAUGAUCACCCAGGAGGACACCAUCUUUGUCUCCGGCAUGGAUCCAUCCACCACAGAGCAGGACAUUGAAACGCACUUCGGUGCCAUUGGCAUUAUCAAGAAAGACAAGCGCACCAUGAAGCCAAAGAUUUGGCUGUACAAAAACAAGGAGACGGGCACCUCGAAGGGCGAGGCGACGGUCACCUACGACGAUGUGAAUGCCGCACAAUCGGCCAUCCAGUGGUUCGAUGGCAACGAUUUCAAUGGCUGUGUGAUCAAGGUGUCGCUGGCCCAGCGUCAGAACAAUUGGAACAAGGGCGGCGGCAGUCGCGGCGGCUUCGGCGGACGCAGUCGAGGUGGCGGCGGAGGCGGCGGUGGUGGUCGCUUUGAUCGUGGCGGUGGAGGAGGCGGUGGCGGUGAUUACGGCGAUCGGUCUGGCGGAGGAGGCGGCGGCGGCGGACGUGGAGGUGGACGAUUUGGCGGUGGCGGCGGCGGUGCUGGAGCUGGCGGUGGCGGUGGCAAUGUGCAGCCACGCGAUGGCGACUGGAAGUGCAGCAGCUGCAACAACACCAACUUUGCCUGGCGCAACGAGUGCAAUCGCUGCAAAACGCCCAAGGGUGAUGAUGAUGGCAACUCUGGUGGCGGCGGCGGCGGUGGAGGCUUUGGCGGUGGUGGCGGCGGAGGCGGUGGCUACAUGAAUGAUCGUGGCAAUGAUCGUGGAGGCGGCGGUGGCUAUCAGAAUCGUGAUCGCGGCAAUGGCGGAGGCGGCGGCGGCGGUUACUCGCGUUACAAUAACGAUAACGGUGGUGGAGGCGGUGGCCGAGGAGGCGGCGGUGGUCGUGGUGGUGGCGGCGGCGGUGGACGACGAGAUGGCGGCGGUGCAAUGCGCAACGAUGGCGGCAUGCGUUCCCGACCCUAUUAGUUGACUAAGCCUAUUGUCCGCACUAUUUUUUUCUUAUUAACGUAUUAAAUUUAAUAAUAAACAUAGCAAGUACUCUUUUAA